AUGUUUUGCACCAAGAAAAUCAACGGCGUCGAAAUCGCCUACGACAAGUCCGGUUUCGGUGAAGGACCACCCAUUAUCCUUCUCACAGGAUGGGCGCAUGAUAUGAGACUCUACGAUGAACUGCUUCCCUACUUGUCCCAGAAUCAUUGGGUCAUCAGAGUCAACUACCGUGGCCACGGUCCAUCCCGUGACAAAAUUGAUGACUUCGGCAUUGAGGAGCAAGUAGCCGACACACUGGCCCUUCUAGACCUACUCGACGUCGACCAAUGCCUUCUCGUGUCUCACUCUCAUGGAGGAUGGGUUGGUCUGGAGCUUGCAGAUAGAAUGGGCAAGGAAAGGGUCAAGGGUCUCUUGAUGAUCGACCAGAUCAUGACAACGCCACCACCAGCAUUUGCAGCUUGCUUACAAGAGAUGCAAUCCAAAGAUACAUGGAGAGCAGCUCGCAGGGCUCUUUUUGACGACUGGAUUGCACACAGCGACAUAAGACCGCUACGCGACCACAUUCUGUACUCGUUGAGCAGUUUUGGCUUCGAUAUGUGGUCAUUAUCUUGUCGCGUGAUUGCCAAGGCUUAUGAGGAUUGGGGAACACCUAUGGGUCGAAUGAGCAAGAUAAAGGAGCCACCGCUGAUCAGGCAUAUCUUUUCUCAUCCCUUGAACCAGCCUGAUUACCGUGAACUACAUGAUGAGUUUUCCAAGAAGAAUUCAUGGUUCUCCUAUACAGAUCUGGAGGGCGAGACACACUUCCCGAGCCUCGAGAAGCCCGAGAAAGUAGCUCACGAGAUUGAAUAUCUCUUAAGUCAGAAUAACUGGUAG